UGGUCGUUGACUGAGUGGUCGCUAUGCGAUUGGAUGGACGCCGAUUCUUUGGCGUGCCCGGGCUAGCUCCACAUCUCAGUUCAAUUCCACGCCAGUCAUUUGGCGAGAAGCAGACGGCCGAUUGCUCUGCCAAAAUUUUGGUGCCCCCAUGAUUGGCAGGGUUGGCUCGGGCAGCAUCCAAACAGGCCACUAGGUCUCGAGCCAUGGCGCCGCCGGCGGCGGCGGCGAAAUGCCCGACCACCGUGCUCGAUCUCGACGACGACCUCCUCCGCGAGGUGUUCCUCCGCCUCCCCGGCCUCCCGAGCCUCGUCCGCGCCGCCCUCUCCUGCCGCACCUUCCUCUCCGCGGUCCGUUCCUCCCCCGCCUUCCGCCGCAGCUUCCGGGCUCUCCACCCGUCUCCCUUCGUCGGCCUCUUCGUCCAGCGCAGAGGCUUCAAGCCCGAGGCCUCCUCUUUCCACGCCCACCACAGCCCCCCUGACCCGGACUUCGAGGCCGCUGCCCGCGGCGGCGAUUUCUCCCUCACCGCCCUCCCACUCCCAGACGCCGACGGCGACGAGGAGAACGACGAGGAUUUGGAGGAGGACGGCGAUGUGGAGGAGGAGGAGGAGUACGAGGAAGACGACGACGAGGAUGAGGAGGUGGCCUCGCCCGUGUGGCAGAUUGAGCGGUGCUGCGACGGCUACGUAGUCCUCUUCAACCGGAGGGCCAAGCAGAUCACUGCCUACAACCCUCUCACCCGGGCGCUGCAUCUCUACCCCUCGCCGCCCCGCCUCUUCUCCGACGCCACUAACUUCGAGUUCCACGUCAUCUCCUCCCAAGAGGACCCCGGCGCACCACCCCGCGUGCUGUGUUUCGCUUUCGACUUCUUUGAGUUCUUUCAGGCCAAGGCGGUCGUGCACAUCAUCUCGCCGGACAGCAGCGUCAAGUCCAAGUGCCGCAAGUUCCCUGGCACUGGGAGCGGGGUCACCGGCAAGAUGGUGAAUGGGUCCGUCUAUUGGACGCACGUGGGGAAACCUUACAUCACCAUGCUCGACACCGCGACGCUGAAGUUCACUAGAAUGGAUCUGCCGCCGCUCUUGGCGGAUCAGGAAGGCCCUGAGUGUGCUUUUGUGUUUGGUAAUACCAAGGAUGGGAGGCCCUGUAUCGUUUACCCAGAUUUUUGCUCGCUUGAUGUUUUCUUCUGGAGACGCGAGGAUGAGUUUUAUGACGAUGGUCGCAAUUACUGGAUGCUGGACCACACAUUACCCCUGAAAACGAUUCGCCAGUUCGUUAAGUUCUCAGAAGGAGAUGAUGAAUUUAUCAUUGUGCGGCUUAUGGAUGUUAUCGAUGGAGUCAUGUACCUGCGUACUGAGUAUGACGGGUGUACCGAGGCUCCUCAGUUAUUGCUAUCCUUUUGUCUCGAAACAGCGGAGCUGAAAAUGAUCUGUGAAGAUUAUCACAAGCCUAUCUGUCCCUACAUCAUGGCGUGGCCUCCUUCUUUGGUACAAAAUGACAAGGGUCCCUGUUCAAAAGAUGAAGCUUUGUCUACCCCAGGAUCUGAAGGAAGUGAUGUGAAGGCCGGGGGUGGCCCAACAGAGCCUGCAUCUGUUGCCAGAGCAUAAUAGGAUUACUUCGAGACUUUGUGAGAUGGUGGUCUUUUGGCGAUGCUGAUGCAUGAUGACUCAAGCAAUAUGUUGAUACUUUGAAGAUUGAAAUCCUGAUACCCUUGUUUUAUCUUAAUGUGCCUUCUGCGUAUGCAGUAUUCUGGAACUUUAGACCUACUUGAGCCUCCUUCGACCUUAGUUGAUUUUGUCACUCGAGAUUAUGAACAGCAUGGUAAUUUGAAGUUUUAAGCCUUGUUGCUGCUGGUUUGGUGUAUACUGGAUUUCUGGGUUGAUAUAUGUCCAGUCUUACUGCUGCUAGUUAAUUCUUGUUGAGGAUUUUCUUUGCCAAUGAUCUGCAUGCAUGGAUCAUGUGUGGUAAUUUUGCAUGCUGCGCGCUGACGCCUUCUAUCCUCAGUGUUGCAAACCAAUUGAGCAAAAAAGCCUUAGCCUUGUAUUGUGUAGCACUAUCUGGCUGAGCUAGUCUGUUUGGACUCAAAUCCACCCUCAGUCGACUCAUUUUCUCAUAUGGUGCGCCUACUAAUGCUGAAUGCACAGUGAUUUUACAAUACAGUUCAUAUGAUCAUACGAGUUUAUGAUCAUGAUUGAAGUACCUGCACCAGUGUUAGUGAUUGCAUUGCUGAACUUACGACUAAGAUAAAUUCAGAUUCUCAUGUUGUGAGGCAACUUCAAAGAUC